AUGGAGAUCUUUUCCUUGUUAUCAUCAUACUCUAUCCUUCAUCUUGCAUUCUUUCUUUUCAUCAUCACCAUCACCAUUAAUAACCUUCUGCUCAAAUUGCACCGACCAAGGUUGCCACCCGGUCCAUCCUGCCUCCCCAUAAUCGGCAACCUCCACCAUCUCAAGAGGCCUCUCCACCACACUCUCAAGUCCCUCUCCCAAAAGUAUGGCCACGUCAUCUCCCUCCGGUUCGGCUCCCGCCUUGUGGUUGUCGUCUCAUCAGCCUCCGCUGCCGAAGAAUGCUUCACCAAGAAUGACGUCAUCCUUGCCAACCGACCGCGCUUCCUCUCAGGGAAGUACGUCUUAUAUGACUCCACCACCCUCGGCUCCAGUUCCUACGGCGAUCACUGGCGCAACCUUCGCCGCAUCACCACCCUCCAUGUCCUUUCCACCCAACGCAUCAACAACUUGUACUCCUCCCAAAUCCGAAGAGAUGAGAUCAUGACUCUCGUUCGGAACCUUGCAGCGGGUCAUCAUCAUGACGACGACGACUUUUCUCAGGUGGAGCUGAGUUCCAAGUUCUACGAAAUGACAUUCAACAACAUUAUGAAGAUGAUCUCUGGUGAGAACCACCACCACGAUGUUGAAGAAGGGAAGCAGUUUAGAGCGGCGGUUACUGAGUUUUUGCAAGACUAUGGGCCUAGCAACGUGAACGAUUUCUUGCCGAUACUUAGGGUUGUUGAUUUCGGUGGUUUGAAGAAGCGGAUCAGGAAUAUUGGUGAGAAAACUGACAGGUUCUUGAAAGGAGUGAUUGAAGAGCAUCGUCGCAAGAAGAAGGAGGAGGGUGAAGAGAACAUGAUAGAUCAUCUCCUAACUCUGCAACAAUCGCAGCCUGACUGCUACCCUGAUCACAUCAUCAAAGGCCUUGUUUUGAACAUGUUUCUUGCUGGAACUGACACAUCAGCAGUGACUUUAGAAUGGGCAAUGUCAUGUUUACUGAACCAUGAAGAUGUAAUGAAGAAGGCUCAAGAUGAAAUGGAAAAGCAUGUAGGUCAAGACCGUUUGUUAGAAGAGUCAGAUCUUCCAAAACUUUCAUAUCUCAAAAACAUCAUUUACGAGACUCUUCGAUUGUAUACUCCUGGCCCUUUGCUACUCCCACACUUAUCCUCAGAUGAUUGCACCAUUGGGGGAUACAGAGUUCCACGAGACACCAUAGUGUUGACCAAUGCAUGGCAUAUGAAUAGAGAUCCUCAAACUUGGUGCGACGCUACAUGUUUUAAGCCUGAGAGGUUUGAGAAAGAAGGAGAGUUAGAAAAAUUGAUUGUGUUUGGGAAGGGAAGGAGAGCUUGUCCGGGAGAAGCCUUGGCUUUGCGUACUAUUAGCUUCACUUUGGGAAUAUUAAUUCAGUGCUUUGAUUGGAAACGAAUUGGUGAUAAGGAGAUUGAUAUGAGGGAGAAAAUUGGAUUUAUGUUGUCAAGGUUAGUCUCGUUAAAGGCCAUGUGCAAACCACGUCCACUCAUCGUCGACUAUUUAAUGGAGAAGUAAUUAAUUUGCUAUAAUAAGUCCUAAAUUUAGGCUGAAA